AUUAAACCACCGACCAGCCCAUAACAAACAGCAAGAAGGAAACGAAGAAGGAAAGCAGAGAGGGGUCGGACUGAAACUCCACCUAACAGUCAGUCUCUCAAGGUUCUGGUUGAUUAGAGGGUGCUGAACCCUCACAUCCUGCAGCAAGAUGGGGGAACUCUUCAGAAGUGAAGAAAUGACGCUGGCUCAGCUCUUCCUCCAGUCAGAAGCUGCCUACUGUUGUGUCAGUGAACUGGGAGAGAUCGGGAUGGUGCAGUUUCGUGAUCUGAAUCCUGAUGUGAAUGUGUUCCAACGAAAGUUUGUCAAUGAAGUACGGCGAUGUGAGGAGAUGGAUCGCAAACUGAGAUUUGUGGAAAAGGAAAUAAAGAAGGCCAACAUCCCAAUAGUUGACACAGGGGAGAACCCUGAAGUCCCCUUUCCAAGGGACAUGAUCGACCUGGAGGCCACAUUUGAGAAGCUUGAGAAUGAGCUGAAGGAAAUAAACACCAACCAAGAAGCCCUAAAGAAGAACUUCCUGGAACUUACGGAGCUCAAGCACAUUCUGCGCCGCACGCAGCAGUUUUUUGAUGAGAUGGAAGAUCCCAGUUUAUUGGAGGAGUCCUCGACCCUCAUAGACCCGAAUGAGCCUAACCGAGGGGCCCCUCUGAGACUGGGAUUUGUGGCUGGAGUCAUCGGCAGGGAGCGCAUUCCCACAUUUGAGAGGAUGCUGUGGAGAGUUUGCAGAGGGAAUGUGUUCCUGAGGCAGGCAGACAUUGAAGAUCCUCUGGAGGACCCGACUACAGGUGACCAGGUCCACAAGUCUGUCUUCAUCAUCUUCUUCCAGGGAGACCAGCUGAAGAACAGAGUCAAGAAGAUCUGUGAAGGUUUCAGAGCAACCUUGUAUCCGUGUCCAGAAACACCACAGGAGAGGAAAGAGAUGCUAGCAGGGGUGAAUGCACGCAUUGAAGACCUGCAAAUGGUGCUGAACCAGACCGAGGAUCACCGACAGCGGGUCCUGCAGGCUGCAGCCAAGACGGUGAGAGUGUGGUUCAUCAAGGUGAGGAAGAUGAAGGCCAUCUACCACACCCUCAACCUCUGCAACAUUGAUGUCACUCAGAAGUGUCUGAUCGCUGAGGUGUGGUGUCCCGUCUCCGACCUGGACUCCAUCCAGUUUGCCCUGCGCAGGGGGACGGAGAAGAGCGGCUCCACCGUGCCUUCCAUCCUCAAUAGAAUGCAGACCAAGCAGACCCCUCCCACCUACAACAAGACCAACAAGUUCACCUCAGGCUUCCAAAACAUUGUGGAUGCCUAUGGGAUUGGCAGCUACCGUGAGAUUAACCCAGCACCAUACACCAUCAUCACCUUCCCCUUCCUAUUUGCCGUUAUGUUUGGCGACCUGGGCCACGGGGUGCUCAUGACCUGUGCUGCCCUGUACCUCGUGUUGCGAGAGAGCAGGCUGAUGGCCCAGAAGAACGAUAAUGAGAUGUUCAGCAUGGUGUUUGCAGGGCGUUACAUCAUACUGCUGAUGGGAAUCUUCUCAAUCUACACUGGGAUCAUUUACAACGACUGUUUCUCCAAGUCCCUCAACGUGUUUGGCUCUGGCUGGAGUGUCAGGCCCAUGUUCAACAGUCGAGUAGGAGGCAACUGGACGUUUGAAACACUGGAAGGCAAUAAAGUUUUGCAGUUGGACCCAACAAUAGAUGGAGUUUUCAACGGGCCGUACCCAAUCGGCAUCGAUCCGAUUUGGAACAUUGCCACCAACAAGCUGACUUUCCUGAACUCAUUCAAGAUGAAGAUGUCCGUUGUCCUGGGAGUGAUCCACAUGCUGUUCGGAGUCUGUCUCAGUCUCUUCAACCACCUGUAUUUCAAGAAGCCACUGAAUAUCUACUUGGGAUUCAUCCCAGAAAUCGUCUUCAUGUCCAGUCUGUUUGGCUACCUGGUCAUUCUGAUCUUCUAUAAGUGGGUCUCGUAUGACGCACGCAGCUCCAGGGACGCCCCCAGCCUCCUCAUCGCCUUUAUUAACAUGUUCCUCUUCAACUACAGUGACCCUAGUAACCAACCUCUCUACAGAGGACAGAUGGCCCUACAGUCACUCUUGGUGGUCAUCGCCUUGGCUUGUGUUCCCUGCAUGUUAAUAGUGAAAACUCUGGUUCUGCGGAGACAGCAUUUGUGGCGGAAAAACCUGGGCACACAGAACUUCGGAGGGAUCAGGGUGGGCAACGGGCCCACUGAGGAUGAGGCUGAAAUCAUCCAGCAUGACCAGCUCUCACAGCACUCUGAGGAGGAGCCUGAGCAUUGCCUUUUGUCACCUGCUGUCAAGGCCCGCGAGGAGGAAGAGUUUAACUUUGCAGAUGUAGCAGUGCAUCAGGCCAUCCACACCAUAGAGUACUGCCUGGGCUGUAUCUCCAACACUGCUUCCUAUCUGAGGCUUUGGGCCCUCAGUCUGGCUCAUGCACAGUUGUCAGAGGUGCUGUGGACCAUGGUGAUGCACCUCGGCCUUUCUUCCAGCAGCCUCGGAGGCUUCCUCCUUCUGGCCAUAGUCUUUUACUUCUUCGCUGUUCUCACAGUUGCAAUUCUUCUCAUUAUGGAGGGCCUGUCCGCCUUCUUGCAUGCCCUGCGACUGCACUGGGUGGAGUUCCAAAACAAGUUUUACACAGGCCAAGGCUUCAAGUUCCUCCCCUUCACCUUCGAUAGCAUCCUGGAUGGGAGGUUUGAGGACUGAGACCUGAUGGCUCCACGUCUUCUACUAAUGUCACUUAUCUCUUGAGAAUCUGUGCGGUGAAUAGUGAUUUUUGUGUGUGUGAUGCAGUUUCCGACUUGCCGGGUGUUACCACAGCUACAAGAGUGGCAAAAGAUUAUCUGUUCAUUUGUUUUAAACUUCUCAUCACUUCAUAAAAUCAGUAUCUAAAUCUGGAACAUCCGCUCAGAAAUGACUAUUCAUUCAUUCAUUCCUGCGAAAAAUAGCAUCAUCUGUUAAUGUGUCUUGUCUUAGUGAAGUCCUUUUGUUUUAUCUGUGUUUUAUUUAGUUUAAUAUUAUUUAUGCAAUUGUUUGCUUUAUAAAUCCUGCAUUUUUCACUAUGGGGCAGUGUUGGACUAAAAGAGGUCUGUUCUGUGCAGAUGUCUUGACUUGUUCUUUUGACAGAUGCUUAUUCAGAGUAAAGUGACAGAAGUGUUUCCUACUUUCCUGUCUGUCCUCUGCACAUUGUCGUAUGCAGUUUAUCUCUGUCUCUCUGUAUUGACAUCAUUGUUCAGCAGCAAUCAACAUCUUGUGCACAGAGCAUCUCAUCUGUUUCAAAAACACACCCCCACUUUGCACAUACCGACACCUAUAUUACGCUGCAUACUGACCUCACACACACAACUAUACAGGUCCAAAGGGAAUACAGUUUUAACUUGCAUCAGGGUGUCAGUCAGUGCUUUGCAGAUGGAGAUAAAGUGACUGUUUAAUCCAGCGUUGUGCUCCAACAUUGCCGUAAAUGCCCUUCGUGUUGGGUGAUCUGUUCUCUAUCGGUCUUUGUUCCUUUCCCUGAUUUAAAUGGUAUGUUAAAGUUGAAAUGUGAUUGCCACACAAGGGAGUAAGAACAGCAUACAGCAGACAUGUUCAAGUAGAAUUCAUUCCUAACACAUUAAUUGUGCACCUCUGUGUCAAUAAAGUGGAAAGAGCUGGA